CUUUGGCGCCGUCAUUAUAUGUUUUUCGUCGCCAGGGACACAAACUCUUGUGUGAGAUCAACAGUUGCUUAUCUGAACAUCCUGAAUUAUUGGUAGCAUUACCCAUAAGACCCUGGAAGAUGAACCUGCAGACCUGACAUUGCCCCAUGUUUGCAGCAAAGGAGAGAUUUCCACAAACAAAAGGCUAGGCCAGCUCUGCCCUAGAACGAAAUGGCUGUCAAGCAAACCAACCUUGACAUCCAGUUACAGGCCUCCCAGGAUCAUGGGCUGCAGCAACAGAUAAAAAUGGAGGACGACCAAGAAGAUGGGGACAGAGUGCCCAAAGGUCCUCGGCUCAUCCAGGCCGGGAGCUUGACGGACAUUUUGGGAUGGGUCACACCAGAGCAUGUGAAACAGGAGCCCGAUGAGGAGGUGCCCGAGUCCUGGGGAUCCCACGGCCAGGAGCCCCUGAAGCUUGUCUGGUCCCCCCAUUUGGGAUGGGGGAACCCCCAGCAACUGGAGGAGUUCGUGCUGCGGCAACGAGGAGGGAAGAGACAAGAACAGCAGGUGCCGGUUGGGUUUGAGGAGAUGGAUGUCCAUUCCCCAGAAGAUGAUCACACCCUGCUGGCCAGGUGGCACCACCUCCACAGGGAGCCUGGACAAGGACUGGAGAGGGAGGUUGGUUCACUCGAUAGUUCCAUCACUCCGAUGCACAAUUUCCGGAAGACGAACCGCCGUGGCACCAACUGGUCAUAUGCCGAAGUCGUCGACCUCUUGGAUAUCUGGGGGGAGCAAAGAAUUCAGCAGGUGCUUCAGAGUAGCCACCGGAACAUGGACACCUUCCAGGUCAUCGCGAACGAGAUGGGCAAGAGAGGGCACGAGCGGACGGCGCAGGAAUGUCGUACCAAGACGAAAACGAUGCGGCGGGAUUACAAGAAGGUGAAAGAGAGCCACUCCAUUGGGAAGCGCAAUGUCACGUGCCCCUUUUAUGACCAGUUGGAUCGCAUUUUGGAUUCUGGCAUGUCCCGCCACCCUGGGAGGAUGCCAAAUUUCGUGCUCCAGGAGGAGACAGAAGGACCUGAUGCUUCAGUGGGGGCCUCAGAGGAUAGGGGCCUCCGCAAAGAUUCAGGGGGCUACCUCAAGCCCCAGCACCUCUCUGACCUGGCUGCUCAGUUUUCCACUGAACUCAUGGAUUCGGCAGAUUGUCCUUCCACACGGUUCAAGAUGGAGAGGACUUCUGAGGCACCGAUGGGCAUCCCUCGGCUGGCUGUGCAAGCUGACUGUCUUCCUAGCAACCUGCCAUCAGCCCCUUCCAGCAUCCCCGGUAGUCCAGCCCCCACCGGAUCCACAGCAGAUGUGCAUGUAAGCCCUUCGCACAGUCCGUUGCCUGGCCCGAUGGGCCUCUCGGCCGCCGAACGUCUCGCCAACCUCCGGAAUCGGCACAAAAAGACCCGGAACAAUCUGGCCCUGGAACUGGCAAGAGCGGCAGACCUGAGGGUUCAGACAGCUACGGACAGGAUCCUGUCUGCCCUCGAGAGUUACGCCAAGACGGACCUGGAAGAGCGCGAGAAAGACCGCGUGGGGACCGGGCAAAUCAUCGCCAUCAUGCACCGCCAGACAGAACUGUUGGAGCUGCUGAUUCGGCAGCAGGCCUCUGCCCCGGCGGCCCUCUCUCCGGCCCCCUCUCGGCAUGCGCGGCCUCCGCGGAUCGGGCAGGCGAACCACCGGCCUGCAGGCCCUUCCUCUUCUCACCUGGGCGUUCCCAGGAGGCCUUUGACCCCCAGGGCCCGCAGCAGGAGGAGGCCUCAAAACUUCGGUCCCUGACCGCCCCUUGUGCACGGGUCGCUUGCCGUUUGAGGAGUCGUGCGCGCUCUUUUUUUAUUCAGGGUGUCAACACGUUUGGAGUCAUCCCUCCAAGUCGAAAAUGCAGCUUGUUCUUUUCUAUGUUUCUUUAACGAUCUCUAAAAGGCCUCACUUUUAACAUCUACCGAAGUCAGAAAAGUCUUUCUGAAGUCUUUGUUGCUAAUUGGUUCCGUUUUUGCCAGCUUACACUGAAAUGCUUCCUUAUUUCUUUUCCUUUUAAGAAAAAUUCUUCCUUGUCAUGUCCUGACAUUUUAGCAGAUUCAGUGUCUGUUUUGUUUUUUACCAAGAACCUGCAGGUCACCAUCAGUAUGACAGCUACGAUUUUGAAGUGGUGAGCUUGGCCUUGGGUGGUGGCAGAGCCCCAGAACCUAUUUUUCAUUGCUUGACCUCAGAAUAUAUUAGAGAAGAAGCACAAUGUGAAGACCCAAAGCCCUUUCCUAAGCAUCCAAGGCUGUUGAAGGUAUUGGUUUACUGGUCAGAACAGGUGGCUUUUUGGUUGGUGUGAACCUGGUACCUUUUUUGUGUUUGUUUGUUUGCUUUUGUGAGUGGCUGACACACAUCUGUGUUCCCUUUGUGAGAUAUUCCCAGACAACUGUCAAGUCUGGGCCCCAAACCAGAGAGGGAGCUGAAUCCAGUGCUGUUUCCUCAGCCUACAAUCAUUGUAAGAGCUGAUUUUUCUAAAAAAAGAAAGCUUAAAAACACAUCGCUUUUUAAAAGCUGUCAAUGGGGUUGGAGCUGUUGCUAGGCCUGGGCUGGAGGGGUACAGCUUGGACUCAUGGCAGGGGGUGAUUUUCAAGGGGGAAUGCAGGAAAAAUCCACCUUUUGGUGGAGCCAAUGGUGGCUGCCAUUUUUCUCCAAGAGGGAGAGAAGAAAUUCAUUGGAACUGAAAAAAGACUAUUGAUUUGAGGUGAUCUGUGACAGGUUGCAUGCUAAUUAAAGGGUUUAUUUUGUCAAAAGUGAACUGGAAAGAGAAAUGAGCUGGCCAGCUUUGCCUGUUGUGGACUAUAAAUAAAUCCAAGCAAUUAUUUCUGAA